AUGACCUGGCUUAAUCGACUGAACCCAACACCGGCCUUCCCAGCGCAUACGGGGCCAUACAAAGUCGGUUCUGUAGACGUAGAAAUACCCACAAGCGACCUAGAGAGCCCGAGUGUGAAUGCGCCCCCUGGAGACCUGCCAACUAUAGCUUUCCGCGUCUUCUAUCCGUGUAAGCAGGACAGUAAUGAGAAGGCUGUGAGAUGGAUCCCAAGUCCACAGAGGGAAUAUGUUAGUGCUUAUGCGAGGUUUUUGGGUGCGAACAGCGCCUUUGCUGGAGUAUUCUCAGCACUACCCCAGUUGUUGUACUAUAUUUCCAUGCCUGUACACCAAAAUGCCGAACUCCUCGCACCUCCACCGAAAUCCGAACGAUGGCCUGUCAUGAUGUUCUCGCAUGGUCUAGGUGGAACAAGGAAUGCAUACUCGCACAUCUGCGGCUCGCUUGCAAGCCAUGGAGUCGUAGUCGUUGCGGCAGACCAUCGUGAUGGCAGUUCACCUCUCGCAAUCCAUCAUACUCCAGAAGGAAAGGAGAAGAAGAAGCGUGUAGAAUACAGGUCAAUCGCCCACAAGCCGAGUACAGAAACAUACGAGGCAAGAGACGAGCAGUUGCGGAUACGGCUAUGGGAAUUAGGCAUGGUACACGAUGCAGUGUUGAAGAUCGAUGAGGGCUGUCAAUUGAAGAACGUAGCACAAGACCUACCCAAUGGUAAGAGCAUGCUGAGCAUGUUCUCGAACCUGCUCAACGUUCACGAGCCGGGUGCGAUCAGUUUCUCAGGCCACUCUUUCGGUGCUUGCACAAUGAUUCAGUUCGUCAAAUCAGUUUACCACCGCCCUCAGACACAUAUUCCACGCUACAAGCCGCUAUACACGCCAUCCGCGGACUCGAGUUUAGUUCGCCAGAUCACGCCACGAAACCCGGUCACUCUUCUAGAUCUCUGGACCCUACCCAUCCAAAGUCCUGAUACUGCUUGGCUACGAAGCCAGACAAUGCCAUGCUAUGACUCUCCUACCGGCGGCAAUAAUCUUCUUGCCAUCGCUUCCGAGGGCUUCUUCAAUUGGGCCUCGAACUUCAGAGAAACGAAGCGCAUCGUCGCUAAGCCUGCUUCCUCACAAUCGAGAUUCCCCGAGCAGCGUGGUCCACACAUCUUCUAUCCAAUUGCUUCUGCCCAUCUCUCUCAAAGCGAUUUCGGCGUCUUGUUCCCCUGGGUAACAACAAAAGUGUUCGGCGCCAAGGAGCCUGGGAGGGUGCUCAGACUCAAUACCCGUGCCAUCUUGCAAGUCAUGCGUGAAAAUGGCAUACGUGUCGCAAACACAAGCGCGCGCGAUCUAGAGCUCGACGAAACUAUGGCCAAGAACAAGAGCCUAACACAAGACACCGCUAUUCUCAGCCGAGCGAAAGACAGUGUUCGUGGAUGGGUCAACCUAAGUGCGGACAUGGAGAGAGAUCUCGACCUUUCUGGCGCUGACAGGGUUGAGGGUAAGAGUCUGGUGGGUACACCAAUGGAGAAGGUCGGUAGUGAUGGUAAGGGACCAGGAGAGGCUAUGGUUGAGGGCGAGGUACUAGGCCAGGUCGUUGAGGGUAAUGAAAAAUAA